CGAGGAUAAAUAUUAUCAACAUGAAGAGGACGUAUAAGUUAAAGUUUCGUUGACAUCAGGAUCUCCCAUGACCACAAACAGCUACAGGAGGAGCACACAUGUUGAUAGAUACACGUAGGUAGUAGUAAGUACUUAGAUGAUCAAAGCUUCAUGUCCCUGACCCCCGAUAUGGGUCCUGCUUCAUGUCCCUGACCCCUGUCUAGAACCUUUAACGCGUUUGAGGUUUAUCAGACGACGAGAAACACUGACAGCGGAGAGUGGACCGCAAAGCGACAUUCGAGCUUAUAUCACAUAAAACUACAAUUAAACAACUACUACAGUAGCUAAGGCAGAAUCACAGGGCACAGGCAUCUGGGAUAACUAGGUUUUGAGUAACAUUUUUGUUAAUCUUUUUGACCGACCUCCAGAGCCAGACGUCCAUAUCGCUAAAACUACAACUAGAAUCUGGGAACAAAAGACAGUACUCGGCGAUAGAUAAUUGUCUUAGGUACUUGUGGGUGUUCCAGUAGGAAAAGUAUUAAUCAAGUCACAAUUUUUCAGUUCCUAUAUCUAUUGAUUCAUAUCAUGCUUCAGAAUCCGUACAGCAUAGGAGUCGACAAGGAGAGUAUGUUGUAGCCAUGACCUCCUAGUAGUCGCUGCACGCUCAAUUCGAUGCUGUAGUUUCCUGAAAAGUCUAGUAGAGCAAUCGAGUUCAUUACAGGAUCAUAUUAAUCAUGAUUAUCAUAUACUAACACGUAGACUUGUACAGAUAACGACUGUUGUAGGGAUUUUACACCUUUGUCGAUUCGACCCUGAGGAGGUGGACGAGUGCCUACUAGGUAGUCAUGGUGGGCAUGGUGCCAGAGAUCUUCAUUUUUUAAGUCAUUUUUUAAGACGAGCAGGUAUUUCUCUAGAUCAUUGAUUAUUUUUAUUUGCAGUUGUAUGUUUUUUUACACUGAAGCUAGCCCAGGAGUCGGCGCACUUCAACUGUCAAAGGAGUACUAGUACCUACUUCGUAAAAAUACAUAAAAGUUUUGUAUUUAUUUUUGUCCAACGAAAGUAAGAUCCACCAAACUCGUUGGGUCGGGAGAUACUAGUAGAUCGGAGACGAGAUCGUGCUGCACGAGUAGUUUUUCUCGCACGCAUAAUCAUCUUCCGAGGUCAUCUUCGUCUCCGAUCGUCCCGAAGGCGGAUCACACGUCCUACUGCAACACCCACUUGUUCUUCAUCAAUUAGCAUUAAGGUCAACAUUUAGUGUCCAUCUUUCUCGGCAUCUCGGUACCCUUUUCCCUUGUAUUCUCAUGAAAUACUCAAGGUAAAAGGGCUCAAGAUGAGGGGACCGUGAUGCAAUCUAGCGGACUCUAAUAGCAACGGGGGGAAGAUGUCGUGGCCCGAGGAUUAUUCCAGUGCGUUGGAAAUGGACGUCGUGGCACUGUCGUUGUGGCGGACACCUGGACCACGUUCUCUGUGGGCCUAAAUAAGAUCGAAUACAACAAGAAAUAGACCACAACUUUUUUUAAAAAGAUAAGUUUUCACCUCUUCACUAUAGCUCUAUCCACCCUUCAUGCACUUACAUGUAGAAGAAGAACUCGUGGAAGAAGAACUCGUGGAAGGCACAACCUUCAGUUGUAGAAAACGAGCGUGACCAGCGCGCCUAGGCAGCUGAGCCUCGCAUCUUCCAGAGGUAAACGAAGGGGGGUGACGAUUGGGAACGUGCUGAUCUCACAAACGUGCUGAGCGAGACCAGCGUUGGGCAACGACAACAAGGUCUACAGUUGCAGGAUAGGAUAAGAACGACAACAAGGUCUAGAGUCGGUGUCCACGCACUACAGAUACUGGCAAAAUGAUCCCUCCACUGCCAGUAGUUGGGUCAUCGGCCUCGGGUGCCAGCACAGCACCAUCCUCACAGCCAGUAGAUAUACCGCCAGAGGUGCCACCACCAACACUCGAAAACCGACUCUUAGAGAGGAUACACUUCCCGCAAGCAAUCAACGAGUACUACUCCUGAUGCUAAUAUUUUCCUAUAAUUCGAUGUUGUAUACUUAAAAGUUCGAGAGCCUCUGCCUCGUUAUAAUGAUUGUUGGUGGACAGACUGACAUCUGUAGUAAGUUGUCACCAAAAUUUCAUCCUUAUUGUUCCCUGUUCAUCUCUCCCUGCUCAUUCUUAUCACGACAACAGCUAUAGCGACGAAAUAUUUCAGCGGCUUUUCCUUAGCGAGAAGGAGUAUAGGCCAACAGAACGGCAUCCUGACUCAGAGGUGAAAGAGAAGAUGCGAGCAAUACUAGUGGACUGGCUUGUAGAGGUAUUAGAGUCUACUUAAGACUCUACUUAUUAAAACUCUGUCAUUAAUAAGGCGAGACUAUCAUAUUUUUAUAACAUGGAAGAUAUUGAUAUUACUUGUUUCCGUCACUCAUGUAUUGAAAUUGAGUCAUGCAUUGAAAUUUUUCAGGUGCAUCAAAAAUUCAAGCUGAUGUCGGAGACGCUGUAUCUCACAGUCCAUCUUCUAGACCAGUAUCUGCAGAAAGUGCCUGUUAGACGGGCAAAGUUGCAGCAGGUAUAUCAUAUGUCGCUCAGCGUCAAAAGAUACCUCCAGAACAGGUAAAUGAAUGAAUGAAUGAAUCCGUUUGGACUAAAGAUGUCCACCACGUGACCAAAGACACAAUUUUUUAGGAUUCUAAUAUAUUAGAAGUGCUGAAAAGUGAAAAAAUCAAUCACCCAGGUAGGCGUGACAUGUUUGUUCAUAGCAUCGAAGUAUGAGGAGAUACAUCCACCAGAGAUACGUGACCUCGUGUACAUCACAGACAGGAUUAAGGCGGCCAUAAGAAAUCCAUCUCCGCGGGCAUCUUGGUCCCAACUCCUUUGCAUCCGAAUUAGGUUUUGAGACAAUACCUCGUGCUAGGUAAAUGAAUGAAUGAAUGAAUGAAGGACGAAAGAUGCUGCCGCAGAUGAAUUUCUCCUAGUUCUAAGAGGAGUAGCAGUCGGAGCGACAUAAUAAACACGGAGAUAGAAAUCUUGAAUGCGCUGAACUUCGAUGUAAGAAAAACUGACUUGUUCAUUUGUAGCUUGUAGUUCGCUUCCGUAGGCUCAAUGUGCUGGUGCACUACAGUGAAAAGAAAAAUUUAGAUUUACAGGCAAGAGCCGUUUCUUUAUCAAAGUUUAGCUAAAAGAAGCAUUGUUUCUCCAACGGCACCAACCUCAGAUCUCGAAGCCAACCGUCUACCAUUUCCUGCUAUACUAUGCACAUCUCGCGUACCCUUAUCCCAUGGACCUGUGGCCAACCGAGCAGCUGAAGGCCUUCACUCUAGCGUCUUAUACGCUAGAGAUGUGUCUUUUUUAAGGCGAGUGCUGUCAUGGAAGGAUUUUUGCGGGUGGUCCGUGAAGAAAGAAGGUGUACUUAGAAGGAGGAGAAGGAGUGAAGAAAGAUUAAGAUUUCAAAUUGCACACGACUUCUGACUACUUGAUAAUUAAACACAUGAUUGAUCGUCCUACGAGUGAAAAACUCGAGUUCUAACCUCCAGAUUCAAGGACGCAGAACAAGCAUACGCCAUCGAAACUUGCCGCAGCCGCACUCUUCAUGUACUACUUCCUCUAAUUUUCUACACGGACAAGAAAUCUCAAGAAGCUGUACCCGAAUACCGACUUCCUAUUUAUUCGCAUGAGAACUCGGUCACGACCUCUCUCAAAAAUGGCACCACUUUCCAAAACAUACGUAACCGCACCGCUUCGCUAUUCCAAUCUUUGCGUGAGAUUCAUCGUGUAAACCAUCUAUGACGCCCUUAAGGUAGUCUGCGCUGAACUUUGUGCGAGAUUAAUGGUAUUGCAUUGUAUUGAUUUCCUCCCUUCUUACCUCAUCAGGGCGAAAAAGAUACUUCGAGUGAGUCCUUCAUGGCCAGCACAGCUAAUACAGAAGACGCCGCAUAGUCCGCAGAACCUCAAGACCUGCGCAAAGGAGCUAGUCCCGCUAGUGACAUCACAUGGGCAGAAUCUCAUCGAUCCGAAGCUCAAGUUAUGGUUGCAUAAAAAAAUUGACAGAUGCUAUACUAGAUACGUAUACCCCGAGAUUGGGUACAGCAAUGAAUCAAUCAAUGUCAAUCAAGUAGUUCAUAUUUCCAUCCACUUUCACUUCCUGCACAAGUUGUAUUGGUACUAUUCUCUGUGAUGUAUUGGUACUCUCUUUCCAAGUAUUCGAAAACUGAAAAUAACCGAGUAAGUGACUGAAAUAAGGGAGGCACUAGCUUAUAGCAUCAAGGCUACUCUUCCUUCUCAUCAGUAUCUCGCUUAUUCUGAUCAGUUACUUGCUUAUUUCAGUUUUUCGAAUAGUUCGUUGUACUUCCCUGAGUUGAGACCAGCAGCAGGGAUCAGUAUUCUCUGUGGUCUGACUCUCUUUCCAAGUAGUUCGUUGUACUUCCCUGAGUUGUAUUCUCUGUGGUCUGACUCUCUUGCCUAGUAGUUCGUUGUACUUCCCUGAGUUGAGACCAGCAGGGAUCACGGUGGAUUUAGUGGAUGGAACGAUUCGACAAGAACUACCUCUAAUGCUGAGCGUCAAACAGAAAUAUGCGUCUGAGGAAAAGAUGGAGCUCUCCAACAUCUAUUUCCAUAUGUAGUGGAGGUAGGUGCGAUGCUUACCGCCACUCGUGCGAGUACUUCGGUCUAUAUUAACUACAAGUUUCAGUUUGUAAAAAAAAAAAACGAUCAUGAAGAUGAAUGCACGUCGUCACUUGAGUUAUAUAUUCUUUCAGAUUCAAUAGACAGUCGCAGUUACUACAGUUACUCUUACUAGGAUCAUGAAGAUUCCGUUUUCGCAGCUUUUUGACUUCUUGGGCAGAGUGGUCGUGUUGUGUGUGUGUCUGUGGGUAUCGUAGACUUGUUAUGGACUUAUUUUUCUUCUCGGGUAUAAGUAGGUAUUAUAAUAUAUUUGUAGUUUCUGGUUAGGGUUACACUUACAACAUUUUCUGCAAGUAGGGAGACAGUCGUUCAAGACAAGGUUACAAUCAACAAGGUCACAGUCAACAAGGUGUUUGGGUUAAGAGUUUUUUUUGGCUAACGCUAACGUAUUCGGGAAGCUUGUAUUGAUUUCUACCAGGGAAACAACUAAGAUCCAGUCUAGAUUUAUUAGUAUCUAUGUUGGUUUUUGACGCAUCUUCAAGAUCAACAAGAAUCUUCAUCGCUAUGAUCUAGGUUCUAGCUUCUGUUUUUGUAGGUAAUUGGAACACCACGUAUGUACGAGACGCAGCAGGGCAAUAGUGCCUGCUUCGUUAAUAUAUUGAUCGUCUGCUUCUUCAGUUGAGUGCUAGGGUUUCUAAGUCAUGAUCUUUUUACUAGUAGUUGAUGAUCAUUCUCCUAGAUUGAAUUAUAUCUGGCUUCUCAGGUUUUUUUUACGUUGUUAUUCGGUUUUAUUCGAUUCCUUAACAAAUGAUUACAAUGUUGAGUCGUGUCAGUGUCUGUGAGACGAGAAGAUUCUGUAGUUUGUCUUUGUGUUAAAUAGAAGUCGACCUCAAUAUCCUGAUUCGCGUAUUUCAUAUAUUUAUUUUUGCAGCCGCAGACGCAGUUGGGGUCACGAUGCUAGUAUAUCCGUGGGACCUUGC